GAAAGACCAAAGGAAUCACACGUGAAAAAGGAGGUUCUUUCAUAUCUCUUUCUAUGUAAUUUCAGAUAAAAUAGAUUGUGAGUUGUUUUAGUGUAAAAUAUAAUUACGAGAGAUGGUGUCCUAUAUCUGGAUAUUUUGCGUCUAUAUAACAGGUACUCAUGCUGCUGUACGUACGAGCCGCGCGUUCGGAAGUCAUCCAACAACGAUAAGAAUCCCCGAGAAUAGCACUGUUUUAUUGCCUUGUAAUGUGGAAGACCAGGGCGUGCAAACUAGAGUGAGAUGGUGGCGAGAAGAGAUUCUCCUGGCUGACAGCUAUGAACCUGACAAGACAUCGUCCGAAAGAUACACCAUGUAUAGGAAUGGCAGUAUACAGAUCCUUCACGUACAGCUGGAGGACAAAGGGGAGUAUGUGUGUCAAGCUAUCCGACCCGCUCCUUGGGGAUACGUUACGCAAGUACACGAGAUCGAAGUGAUGUAUCCACCAAGUAUCGAGACGGUGCCUACAUCCGGGGAGUUGGAAGUCAAUCUCGGGGAAGAAGUGAAUAUGCAGUGCGAGCCGAAGGGCGUACCAAUCCCCAAUAUAAGUUGGAGGACGAAGGAUGAAGAAAUCCCAUUACUGAAUGACAGAUUACAAUUGAGAUUUUAUGCUGACAAUCGGAAUCUUUCCGGCAGGUAUACCUGCGUCGCCAAUAAUGGAAUUAGUGAUCCAGCAGUGGCGCAUAUAGACCUACGUAUUAAAUACAAGCCAGAAAUCUAUGUGAAGAAAGCAUGGGUACACACGCAUCCAGGGAUAAGAGUGAAGCUGGAUUGUACAGUAAACGCUUGGCCCGAGGCAAAGGUUGAAUGGUACUUUAAAAACGAGACGCUGAAAGACACGUCACGGAUAGUAAAGCUUAAUACUGAAAACGAUCACAGUUUGAUCAUAAGAAAUGUGGAGACGACCGAUUAUGGUUCCUAUUUCUGUAAGGCAUCAAAUUCCAUAGGAACUACCGAAAUGACCGUCGAGGUAACGGCAAUCGCAAAUCCAGCGAUCUUCAAAAAAGAAUCACGCAGCACAUCGAAUACGUCGUACAAUUUCAUUUGGGAGGUUGACAGCUACAGUCCCAUUAUCGAGUACCAAUUUUGGUACCGCAAAUACAAGGGAGGUGCUGGUGGUAAAUGGCAUAAAUUGCAUGUACCUGGUGGCACUAACAUCAUUAGCCCGGUGCACACUUGCUCCUUCAAUUUAACUGGUUUAAAUGAGGCGACAUAUUACGAAGCUGUCGUUUUGUCCAGAAAUAGUUACGGAUGGAGCCAUCCCUCGGAAAUAUUACGCUUUCACACUGAAGGAGCCUCUAUUGACUACAGCGAAAAUUUCGAAACAGAUGACAAUCAGGAACAGAACAGGAUCCAAGGGCUUUUUCCGAAAAAUCAAUAUGGCGGACCUAAGACGGCGUUUUUAGUGAAGGAGUUUUGUAAAAAAAUAUUUACUUGUUGGAAAAAUUUUACAAAAACAUUAAGAACAAAUUCUUCUUUGAUCUACCCUCACAGUACAUCAAUAUUGCCAUAAGGUUACAGCAACUUUAAAUUGUAAGAUGCUAACAUUACAUGGAGGUUAAUAAACUUGCCAUUAAUCUUCUAAUAACAUGAAAAUAUUUGUCUACUCCAGUCAUCCAUAUUCUAUUAAUAUUACAGAAACUUUGUACGGAACGUUCAAGUUAAUAUAAUAGUUCAGGUUAAUAUAAUAUACUUAAUACCAUUCAAUUUUUUUAAUAAAAAAUAUAACUUGUAGAAACGAUCGCAACUAAUCAACUUAUGUUUAUUUUAAAUAAAAUUUAACUCUUUUA